AUGUACUUCUCUACAUCCCUCACUCUAGCCGCUGCUGGCUUUGCUGCUGCUGCUCCUGCCAUUCAGAAGCGUGCUGAUGCCAUCAACGACGGUGUCAUCCUCAACUACGCUCUUACUCUUGAGCAUCUUGAGAACCAGUUCUACCUCCAAGGCCUCUCCAACUUUACAAAGGAAGACUUUGCCGAUGCUGGUUACGACUCUACCUUUUACGACAACAUCAAGAAGGUUUCCAGCGAUGAGACUGCUCACGUUGAUUUCCUCACCAAGGGCCUCAAGGCUGCUGGUGUCACCCCUGUUGAAAAGUGCACUUACUCCUUCGGUGUCACUGAUGUCAAGUCUUUCCUCGCCACUGCCUCUGUUCUUGAGGGUGUCGGUGUCUCAGCUUACCUCGGUGCUGCUGCCGACAUCAUGAGCAAGGCAUACCUCACUGCAGCUGGUUCCAUUCUCACUGUUGAGGCGCGCCACUCUUCUUACAUCCGCGCUGGUCUCAAGCAGGUUCCCUUCGCUCAGCCCUUUGAUGCCCCUUUGACCUACAACGAGGUCUACUCCCUGGCUUCCGGUUUCAUUACUGGCUGCCCCAAGUCCAACCCUGCCCUUCCCGUCAAGGCUUUCCCCGCUUUGGUGGCUGAGGCUUCCAAGGAGGCUGUAGUGACUGGUUCCACCGUCACUCUCAUGACCCCUGGAUACACUGUCGAGGCUGCCAAGGGCCAAAAGGUCUACGCUGCUUUCAUUGCUGUCACUGGUCCUACCUUUGUUGAGGCCAUGCCUGUUGAUGGUGGUUUCACUGUUGAGAUUCCUGAGGGUUUCGCCGGCCAGACCUAUGUUGUUCUUACCAGCUGCAACACUGCUGUCUCUGAUGACACUGUCGCCGCCGGCCCUGCUAUCAUUGAGCUAAAUUGA